AUGUUGGACGCCGAGGAGGACGGGUCCAGCAACCAGCGUGCGCUGCUCAUUCCCGUCAAGAACUCGGAACAGGCGGUGGAAGUGUACGUCGAUGAGCUUCCUGAUGACGUGAAUGACAUCAUCGAUAUCCUCCGUGCUGAGGUGGCGCCGCUCGACGUCUGGCUCCAAUUCGCCGUCGAGUACUAUAAUCAAGGUCACGUCGGGCAGUUCCAGGAGAUCUUGGCAGUGGCGUCCGAGCCAGGCAUUGAGGAGAUUUACAAAGACAAUGCGUCGCGCAUGUGUCGCAUCAAGUUCUUCAUUGCCCUGGCCAGUCACUCGGUGAAUGCCAUGUGGAACGAAGAAGACGAGAAGAAGCGAGAAGCCAUUUCCCAGCGCGCUGUUGGCUACUUCCAGCGUGCUGACCGCCUGGACCACCAGCAUCCCAUGACACUGGUAGGCAAAGCACUGAUGUUCAUGGCCAAGAACGAAGAUGAUCGUGCCGAUCGCUUUAUCAAAAGUGUGCUGAUCUCUCAUAAAACCAAUUUGCCAGCCAUUUUGGGCAAAGCGCUGCUACUUUAUCGCAAGAAACAGUACAAGGAUGCCAAGAAACUGUAUUUGGAGGCAAUCAAGCUGCACCCGCGCAGCCCUCAAGCUGCUAACAUGCGCAUGUGCUUCGCUUACUGUUGUUACCAUUUGGGAGCGGUGGAGAAGGCUCGUGCCGUUAUGAAAUACACAGCAUCGCUAGAUGAGACGAACGUGGACGCGGUGAUUGCUAAUGCCCUUUGGCAAUUGGCAAGUCAGGGUCGAGAAGAACGGGCAGUCAGCAUGCGUAAUGAAAGCUCGCGCUUCAUGAUGAUGAUUCACCACGCCCAUGCUAUCGACAAGACGAACCCGACAGUGCUCAACCACCUGGCAAACCACUAUUUCUCGCAGUGGAUCCCACUUCCUUGCACGGUGAGUGUGGUGCGUGGAUCUGCGUUUGUGACCACAUCCAAGGACAUUUCGAGCGAGGUAUCUCCCGGUCAGAUUAUCUGUAUCGGUGAUAAGUACGUUGCGUACAUAAGUCGUGACGAAAAUGCCGUGACACCAUCUGGCCUGAAGCUUGAUGGGCCAUACCGCGACGAGUCUGCGACAGCGACAAACAUUGCACGAAAGGACUACGACAAGAUGUUCACGCUGGCAGGCAACGCUUUUCACAGCACGAAAAUUCCUGAGAUACGCUCAGAAAGUUGUUACCUCAUGGGCCGUGGUUGCCACGCACAGGGUAAGUACAAGGAUGCGUACAGCUACUACUUCAACGCUGGACGGCUUUGGCCCAAGUUUGUGCUGCCGUGGUUUGGCCUGGCGCAGAUGUACUAUGAGCGGAAGGAAUUUACGAAAGCUGCAUCGUAUCUAGAAAAGGCAAACAAAGCGUACCCAGAAAACGUGGAAAUUCUGUCGCUUCUCGGUGACGUUUAUGGCAAGCUUGGCAAAAAAGACGAGGCAGUUGUUUUGCUUCGUCGUGUUGUCGAGCUCGAACCAGGCAACGUGGAGGCCUUGAUCGGCACAGCCGAACUACUUCAUGCGUCUCCGGAACGAAAAGACCAGAUCAUUGCGAUUUCUUCGUACAUUGCAGCGCAGAAAGUGAUGAGCAAUGCGUCGGAGCGUGUGCCUAUGGAAGUAUACGUCAACCUAGGUGUGCUUCAGCAACGGGUCGGUAAGACCGCUGACGCCAUCAAGUGCUUUCAAAAGGCACUCAAACAGUUGGAACUGGACAACGUGGAUGAGGAAAGCAAGACAGAGGAGACUGAUACGCUUGCUGAUGAGUUUUUCAUUCCGAAGCCGACAGAGGCGAAUGUCUCGAUUCUAUACAACAUGGGGAGAGUGUACGAGGAAAUGGGCAACCGUGACCAUGCCAAGAAGCUGUAUGAUGCUAUACUUGAAUCGUUCCCCAGAUACACUGAUAGUUUGCUGCGUUUGGGCUGCAUGCUGCGCGACCGUGGCCAAGAAGCUGAGGCGAUCAAGGUAUUCGACAAAGUGUUGGAGGUAGACCCGACAUGUGCCGAGGCUUGUUUACUACAGGGCAACAUUCACUUGAAGAAGCGCGAAUGGGUGUUUGCCCAGAAGAAGUAUGAAAAGGUAAUGGGAAUGCCUGGUCUGAAGAACGACCCGUACGCAUUCUUAUCUAUGGGCAAUAUUUUCAUGAGCAACCUUGGAGAAAAGAAUCGGUACACCAAGAACAUGUCAUUGAGUGAGGUAUACUACAAGAAAACGCUAGCGUUGCAUCCGCACAAUAUUUAUGCUGCCAAUGGGUUGGGUAUAAUGAUUGCCGAGAAGGGUAACUUCGAGCUUGCGAAGCAGAUCUUCUCGCAAGUGCGUGAGGCAAGUCCGGAUAUGCCAGACGCUUGGAUUAAUCUCGCGCAUAUUCUUGUCGCUGAAGAGCGUUAUCAGGAAGCUGUUCAGCUCUAUACUGUGUGUCUUACAAAGUGCUACCAGGGUCAUGAUCUCGAAGUGCUCAUGUACCUUGCUAAGGCCUACUACGAGUGGAAGGAUUUUCCAAGCUGCAUUGCCACGCUGUCGCGGGGACUUCACAUGUAUCCGAACGACCUUCGUCUUUGGUAUAAUACUGGUCUUGCUCAGGAAGACUACGGUGUGACGACGUUAGGACAGGAGAAAACGUCUACGAGAGCCGGUGGUAGUAAUGCAGUACCUCAACAUCGAACGAUGGCUGAUGUGCAACGCGCCAUCCUGGAUCUGAAGCGUGCUCAGCGCAUUUUCCGAUUUUUGCUUCAACAAGCAGAUGCUACGACUCAUGCGGGCACUAGCGAGAAGAAGAAACACCACAACAGUCUACCGUUCGAUAAGGAAAAGGUAUCGGAUCACGAGAAGUUCUGCGGUGAUACAUUGACGAAGGCGAGCUAUCACUUGGAGUUCGAGCGUCAAAAGGAAGACAAGCGUCGGCUGGAGAUUGAAGCUCAGCGAAAGUUAUUGCGCGAGUACGAAGAACGCGUGGCGCGUGAACAAGAGGAGACGCGUAUCAAGGAAGAAGAUACGCGUAAGCGCUACGACGACAUUCGACUCAAGCAGGACGAGCGUCUGAAAAGGUUGCAUGAAGGCUGGAGUGUGCGUGAACGCGAAGAGGAGGAGAAGAAAGUGGUCAAGAAAAAAGGCAGGAAGCGUAAAAAAGCGGGUGACGAGGACGGCGGCUUUAUUGAUGAUGGAGGCGACGAGUUGGACGAGGACGGCGACAACAGCAUGUCGAUCGAGGAUAUGAAGAACCGCAACGCGACGAUGAAGAAUCUGGUCGAGAAGCGCAGCAAGCGUGCGCGUGCAAAUUCUGGCAUGGACGACGAGAUCGACCAUUCGACUGGUCUCUUUGGCUCUGACUCGAGCUACGGCGAGCAAGAGGAGCGGAAAAAGCCAACCGAAGCAGUGAGGAAUGACGGUCAGAUUCCAGCCGAAGAUGCUGCGGCUGCUGAAAGUCGUGAAGCAGAGAAGAACGAGCUCUUUGGCUCUUCGUCUGAUGAGGAGUAG